CUGAGACUCUCCUCAUGCAGCUGGAUGGGGGCUCCAAGGGGCGAGCAGAGACGAGGUCAACCUUAUGUACAGCUCAAAUAGCUUUUCUGUUUAUUUUCAUUGAAUGAGCAUCGCUAACAAAAAGUGGUCAUAUCUGUGUGGGCAGUGUAAUGUACUAACGGUUAAUAGUAUUUUUUUAAGUAAAUAUGUCGAGAAUCUGAGCAUUGCUUCUAGAUAUUUUUGCAGUUAUGGAUAGUUUGGAGAAGUGCGUUUAAUAACUCAAGCUCAGGAACUCAAAACUCUUAAUAAGCAUUUCCUAAAACAUCUAACACGCAAGCUAUACGGACAGUGGAUUGUGCAAACUGACUUCUCCCUGCUGGUGGAUACUAUUGUUUACAUCUAGCCAUUAAAUCACAAAGUACAGGACACAAACUAACCCUGAACUUUUUUUUUUUUUCUUUUUUGCAUUUUUCCGACUUAGUCGUUAAAAACCCAUUUAAAAUGGCAUCUGCACUGCAGGCAGCUGACAUUGCCGUUGUGACGCUCUAUUUCGUGCUGGUCUUGUCCAUCGGCUUAUUAGCUAUGCGGAAGGCAAACCGGAGUACAGUGAGGGGAUACUUUCUCGCCGGACGGUCCAUGACUUGGGUCACCAUAGGGGCGUCUCUGUUUGUCAGUAAUAUUGGCAGUGAGCAUUUUAUUGGCUUGGCAGGAUCUGGGGCAAUGAGCGGGUACGCACCUGGUGCCUGGGAAUUCAACGCAGUGUUCCUCCUGCAGCUCCUGGGCUGGGUCUUCAUCCCUGUAUACAUCAGUGCGGGGUUGUACACCAUGCCAGAGUAUCUCUCAAAGCGUUAUGGUGGCAAUCGGCUCAAAGUCUAUUUUGCUGCUCUCUCAUUGGUCCUUUAUAUCUUUACCAAGCUAUCUGUGGACCUAUAUGCAGGUGCCCUAUUCAUUCAGGAGUCUAUGGGCUGGAACCUGUACUUGUCUGUGAUCCUUCUGAUCAGUAUGACCGCCCUGCUGACAGUAACGGGGGGGCUGGUGGCUGUCAUCUAUACAGACACCCUUCAGGCCGCCCUCAUGAUCGUUGGAGCGGUCAUCCUCAGCGUCAUGAGCAUGGUCAAAAUCGGAGGCAUGGAGGGUUUGAAGACGAAGUACAUGCAGGCCAUUCCAAACGUCAGCGCCAUCCUGGCGAGCACUAACUUGACGUAUACCAACACGUGCGACAUCCAUCCCAAACCACUGGCUCUCAAGCUGCUGCGUGGCCCUUCGGAUGAGGAUGUUCCGUGGCCUGGCUUCCUACUGGGCCAGAUGCCUGCAUCUAUCUGGUACUGGUGCACGGAUCAAGUCAUCGUUCAGAGGGUGCUAGCUGCCAAGAACAUUGCUCACGCCAAAGGCUCGACCCUGAUGGCAGGAUUUCUGAAGAUCUUGCCCAUGUUUAUCAUUGUAAUGCCUGGAAUGAUUUCUCGGGUCCUCUUCACUGAUGAGAUCGUGUGCAUCAGCCCUGAACACUGCAUGCAGGUGUGUGGGAAUCAAGCUGGAUGCUCCAACAUCGCGUACCCUAGGCUGGUCAUGAACAUCAUGCCCGUGGGCCUUCGAGGCCUUAUGAUGGCCGUGAUGAUCGCGGCCCUGAUGAGCGAUCUGGACUCUAUCUUCAAUAGUGCCAGCACCAUCUUUACUCUCGACAUCUACAAGAUGCUGAGGAGGAGCGCCUCGCCUCAGGAGCUGGUGAUGGUUGGCCGGCUCUUUGUGGUGUUAAUGGUAGCCAUUGGCAUCAUGUGGGUCCCUGUCAUUGUCGAGAUGCAUGGCGGACAGAUGUAUCUGUACAUCCAGGAGGUGUCUGACUAUCUCACUCCACCAAUUGCAGCCCUUUUCCUCCUGGGGGUAUUUUGGAAACGCUGUAAUGAGACUGGUGCCUUCUGGGGAGGGGUGACAGGCUCUGUUUUGGGGGUUAUACGUUUGGCCCUUGCAUUCAUAUACAAGGAACCAUGCUGUAAUCAGACAGAUGAGAGGCCGGCCUUCAUUGCACAUUUCCACUUCAUGUAUGUGGCAGCUGUCCUAUUCUGGAUAUCAGGAUUGGUGGCAGUGGUAGUCAGUUUGUGCACUCCACCACCAAGCCAAGAGCAGAUCCACAGCACCACUCUGUGGGGCCUAUGCCAUAAAGCAGAAUUGAGCAUUAAAAAUAGGGAGAACAGUAGCAAUAAACAGGUCUGCUGCAGCAGCGAUGACAGCUGCCACAAACAGCUGGCACAAGGUGAUGUUCAGAUAGAGUUGUGCCCCAACAGGGCAGACCUCAAGCCGCCGGCUCCUGCUUUUGACACCCCACUGGUCUCUAACCACCAGAUUUCUGCACCCCUGGAACAGCCAGAGAAUGGUCAUGUGGGUACGGUGGGCCAAGACAGCUCAGAAGGUGUCAGAAGUAGUGAAGAGAGGGGGAAGUGCAAGAAGAAGUCAGAUUGGUUUUGUGGAAACAUGGAUCCCAUUGAGAAAGAUCAACCAAAAGAAGUGGAGGAGGUGAUCCUCAUUGCGAUGUUGUAUGAACCUUGGACAACCAAAGUGAUUCUUAACAUAUUUCUGUUUUUAAUAUGUCUUGUGGGGUUCUUCCUCUUUAUCUUCUUCUCACUGUAGAGAGCUGCUGUCCUUGAAUUAAUCGGAAACAUUGCGAUGUUUUAUGAGGUGCCAUCUAGCUUGUGUUGACUUCUGGUAACCUUAUUGAUAGCAUUUCCACAGAAUGUCCUGCAUUCUGUCUGAUUCUUUGAAGAUGUUUGUUGUUGUGGUGGGUCCCUGACAGAAGUGACUGACUAAGUGCCCCUGACAGAAGUUAAAUCACUCCAAACAUAUAGCUCUUACUGUUCCUAGUGGAUGCAAGCCUGCUACUCAUGAAUGAGUGUCUUGACUGAAUUUCAUGAUUUUGAAAGUUUUUUGGUGUUUGAGUAUUUUUUAAGUCGUCUUUGCAUUUUAGCAGUUUUCUGCAUCUGUAAUAAGAUUAAGAUACCAUAGAUAAUCUAUCCAUCCCUCUUCUAUAACUGCAUAUUCAGUGCAAGGUUGCAGUGUUUCCACAUAUUAGUGUAUUUAAACUGCUUUAUUCUACACUGUAUACUUCUUUUUUCCAUUUUGGGUGUGGUCCUUAUAGACAUUACCCCCAAGAUUCAGUUAUCUACUUUGGAUAAAAUAACCAAAUUGCUUGCAUUCAAGCUGUAAAUAUAUGUCUCAUAACAUUCUUUACCCUAAAACAUGAAUACCCAUAAUGUGUAAUGCGAAAGGGUUCUGACGUGCUGAGGUUUCUGAGCACAAACAUUAUGUGUUUACAACAAAUAGCUCGGCCAUGAAAUGUUGUUGGGCUUUUGGUAUUUUUAAAUACAUACAUGCAGACAGGAACAUUAAAACAGUCUCAUUUUAAACACAUGGCCCCGGCCCAGUGUCCCUCACAAGCAAAAUGAAGAAACUCAGAACUUUUCAGAAUUUAUGCAAUAUAAAAAACGUUUUUAAACAGAAUUUGUAUUACAUAUAUUUAUAUUUCCCAUCCAUGGUCCACUCCAGCCUUGUGCCCUGUGCUCCA